AAAGCAGCGUAGGAGCGCACAACGAGAGGAACGCGUGUGCUUUUCGUGCGGCUCGACUCGUUUCCUUCAGCGGCACCCGUUAGAAACGCGCCGAGCUGCGCCUCCGCGUUUGGGGGGAACUCGCGAUCCGCAUCGUUAUGGAUGAAUUCCGCGCUUGAACCGGACACGAGCGCAACGUGACCCGUCAUUUGGGGACUUGGGUUUUACCUGCGCGCGUUUCAACUCCACGGUGAACGUCGCCGAAUUACGUGUUGCGCGUGGACGGCGCAGAAUGCGGACGGACGAGACGCGCGCAAAGCGGCCGAGCUGGAAGUGAGGGGAACCGAGAAUGUGGCACGAACACGGCGGAGCAACUGCGCUGCAACUUCCCCCAGCUUGGAGACGCGCAACGCGAGCACGCGGCGUUAAUGCUGCGCGCCGGAUCGCCGCCGCGGCAUUCUGUGAAUUGCAUUGAUUGGCAAUUUGGCGCAAUAACGCAGCGCAUUUUUGGUUCAUCAAACUAAAUGAAAAAAACAGUGUUCGGCUGCUUUCCCUCCGAUCCUUUUCCCUUCGUUUUUGCUAUUCUGAUCCCCGACGUGGCUCCGAAGUGGUGUUGCGGCUCCUCGUCCCCGGCGGAUCCGGAGAUCGGAGUCUCUGCACCGGGAGGAGGCGGAGUCGGAGCUCCGGCCACAGCGCAGGCCCCCAAGAGCGGCCGCGUGAGGAGGAUGGUGCGACUGGCGGCGGAACUGCUGCUGCUCCUGGGACUUCUCCUCCUCACCUUGCACAUCACGGUGCUGCGGAGUUCGCCGCUGCCGCAGGACAAUGUCACUUUGAGCCUGGAUCAGGACACAGCACUUACCGAGCAGAACAAUAUCAAUGCAAAGAGCAGCUCCUCCGCCCAGCUGGCUCCCGAAGACAGGCGGUCCGGUCCCGACCACCGGCUGGCCCACCGGCCCGCCACCCUCCCCUGGCCACAGGGCAGCAACGUGCACAGGGACGGCCCCGGGACCUUCCUGCUGGACCUGCACAACUUCCCCGACCUCUCCAAAGCCGACAUCAACGGGCAGAAUCCCAACAUACAGGUGACCAUCGAGGUGGUGGACGGGCUGGACGAGCCGGAGAAGGGCCUCAGGAAGGAGAGCAAGCCCAACUGGGCGUCUCCCAACUGGAGGAACUGGUGGCCUCGCACCUCCUCCUCGUCGUCGGCCACGCGGCAGUCGGACGAGCACGACCUCUCCUACGGGAGCAACGGCGAGGACAGCAACUUCCUCCGGCCGCCGGCCGACUGGGACCGGAGGGGGGGGGCGGGCAAGGGGCAGAGUGAAUACGACUACAUGGACGGGGAGGGGGACUGGAGCAACUGGUCCCCGUGCAGCGUCACCUGUGGAAACGGGAACCAGAAGAGAACGCGGUCGUGCGGUUACGCCUGUACGGCCACGGAGUCCAGAACCUGCGACAUGCCCAACUGCCCAGGUAUCGAAGACGCCUUCAAGACGGCGGCUACGGAGGUGAGCCUGUUAGCCGGGACCGACGAGUUCAACGCCACGGAGCUCUUUGGUGUCGACACGGACAGCUGCGAGCGCUGGAUGAACUGCCGCAGCGAGUUCCUGAAGAAGUACAUGAGCAAGGUGGCCAGCGACCUUCCCAGCUGCCCUUGCUCCUACCCCACCGAGGUGGCGUACAGCACGGCGGACGUGCACGACGCGCCCACGCGCCGGGACUUCCGCUGGAAGGACGCCAGCGGGCCCAAGGAGAAGCUGGAGAUCUACAAGCCCACGGCCCGGUACUGCAUCCGCUCCAUGCUGACGCUGGAGUCCACCACGCUGGCGGCGCAGCACUGUUGCUACGACGACGGCAUGAAGCUCAUCAGCCGCGGCAAAGGGGCCGGCACGCCCAACCUCAUCAGCACCGAGUUCUCGGCCGACCUGCACUACAAGGUGGACAUCCUGCCCUGGAUCAUCUGCAAAGGAGACUGGAGCCGCUACAAUCAGGCCAGGCCGCCGAACAACGGGCAGAAUUGCCCCGACAACCCUCAGGACGAGGACUACUACAAGCAGUUUGAGGAAGCCAGGGAAUUCUAGACUGCUUACGUAUUCGGCUACACUUUAAAAUGGUGGUGAAACCAUUUCGUUUGUCUUAGGUCCAAUAACACAGUGUUUAGGCUCUGAGGAACAGAACCAAGAGGAAUAAAAAUCCAACAGACACAGAUCGCAUACUUGGUCACAGGGAGCAUUUUUGGACUUCACCAAAAUCAGGCACAAAGUGUUGUUGUGUUACGCCUCAGAAAUGUUUGCUAGGAUUGUGUUGCCACUUAAAGAUCAGAUUUGGUCACGAAAGGGAGAAAUUACUUUAUAUUCUUAAAAGGGAAAUGUAUUAUUCUAGUUAAGUCCACUUAGAUUGUCCACGUUCACCCCGACGUCCUUCUGGAAAGCGUUGGGGCGAUGGCAGCCAAACGUACCCCAGCUGUCAAUCAAAGCAUCCGGCUCUAACAUAAGCCUGUAUGUUUAGCAUAUUUAGCAUGCACAUGUUAAUUUUAGUUUGUAAUUUUAAAGUUACAACAGCGCCCCCUGUGUCUACGAGGCAGAACAUCAUUGGACAAAGCCUGCAUUAUUUUUGUAAAGUAUUUAUUAAGUUGUAGCUGAGUCUGAGCAUCUACGACUGUGGUUUGUGAUGUCGAUUAGCUCGAUGCUAACUUGAGAUUCGUCCGUAGCUUAAACUGCCGCCGGCGCCGCGUCUGUCCGCCUCAAGUUAGUGUCAAACAGAGCGCAAAGAAUGUGUGAACUCACCUGUAUGGAAAGGUUUUUCAGAUAUAAGCCUAUAAAUAAACGUUCAAAAAGCA